AUGCAUAAAGAGUAUAUACCAAGAGACAUAUCCAAGAUAAAGUUCGAAAUACUCAAAGACUCAGAAAUACGCGGAAUGUCGGUUGUGUCGGUUUCCUCCCGGGACUUGUACGCAGGAGAAAACAAGUCUCCGGCAGCUUUAGGGCCGCUGGACUUGCGCCUGGGACCGAGCACAAAGGACACGGUGUGCAAUACGUGCGGCGAGAAGAUGGCAGAGUGCUCUGGCCACUUCGGGCACAUCGAGUUGGCCCUCCCCGUCUUUCACCCGGGCCUUCUCAAGAACAUCCACAAAAUCCUGCAAAGCGUGUGCAAGCAGUGCUCUUCAAUACUGCUCCCGAGCGAAACGCAGGCACAGCUUCUAAUAAAGCUCAGAGCGAGAAAAGAUAAUCGGUCCCUGCAGCAAAGAGUCAUCAAAAAGGUGUACGACGAGUGCAAAAAAACCGUUGAGUGCACGAAGUGCAUGAGCAUCAACGGGAUUGUCAGAAAGACCGGGUACAAGUUCUUCCACCGGGUGCACAGGCUGAAAAAGCACGACACGCAGAAAGAAAUUGAAAAGUCUCUCUACGCAGACUCGGUGAAGGACAACCCAGACCUGGCCAGCUGGGUGGAAAACAUGCCAGACGAGUACAUAUCCCCUGUGACAGCUCUGGGCAUCCUCAGAAAUAUUUCGGAGGACUCCAAAGCCCUGCUCGGGAUGGCGUGUGACGCGCCUUCUCUUAUGAUCACAUGUCUUCCCGUUCCCCCAGGAACUAUCCGCCCGAGCGUGAUGUCGCUGGACUCUUCCUCGAACGAAGACGACCUGACAAUCAAGUUGAGCGAGAUCUCGUAUACCUCGCAGCUGAUCCGGGACGAAAUAGACAAGGGCGUCUCGCUGCAUGCACUUUCCGAGAAUUGGGACCUGCUGCAGUCGCAGUGCGCGCAGCUAAUUAGCUCAGACUCCCGGCCAGACUCUGCAAAGAUCCGGAGUCUUGUGCAAAGGCUGAAGGGAAAGCACGGGCGCUUCCGGGGAAACCUCUCCGGAAAAAGAGUCGAGUUUUCCGGGCGUACCGUUAUAUCCCCAGACCCAAACCUAAGCGUGGAGCAGGUGGGAAUUCCCGAGGAAAUGGCAAAAACGCUAACGGUGCCCGUGCCCGUAACAGACAGCAACAAAGAAGCCCUUUCCCUGCUCUCCAGAAAUGGGUGCACAUCCUACCCCGGAGCAAACUACCUGCUGAAGAACGACCGGAGAAUAUUCCUGCGCCACAACAACACCAUUGACUUGGAGAGUGGAGACAUUUUGGAGCGGCACUUGCAGGACUCCGAUGUAGUGCUUUUCAACAGACAGCCUUCACUGCACAGGCUGAGCAUAAUGGCACACAAAGUGAAGGUGCUUCCUGGGAGGACCCUUCGAUUCAACGAGUGCGUCUGCUCCCCCUACAACGCAGACUUUGACGGGGACGAAAUGAACAUACACCUGCCCCAAACAACAGAGGCGCGCGUAGAGGCCCUGGAGCUUAUGGGGGUGAAAAACAACCUGGCAGUUCCCAGAAAUGGCCAGCCUCUUAUUGCAGCCACGCAGGACUUUAUAACGGGCAGCUACCUCAUUACAAAAAAGUCUACUUUUUUCACGAAAAAACAGUUCGGGCAAAUGAUUGUGUAUGCGCUCCCGAAUAGGACCAGCAGAAUGCAGGCCAAGCCCACAAUUUUAAGGCCCGCUGUUCUCUACACGGGGAAGACCCUGAUGGGGCAGGCACUAAACCUGACUGUUUCUGUGGAAAUUCGGACCCGAAACUGCACGCCCAACAGCACGUAUGCGUCGCAGAACGAGGGGAUGUUCGUCAUGAAAGACGGAGAGAUACUUUUUGGAAGGGCUGACAAGAAAGUGGUCGGCGCAGAAGAAGGCACUAUUUUUCACUACGAGCUGAGAGAGGGCGGGCCCGAAGUGGUGGUGAAGGCGCUGGAUGCAAUUGCCCGGCUGUGCUCAAGGUACCUUGGAGAGGUCGGGUUCAGCAUAGGCCUGGACGACGUGUUUGCAGAGAAAGACCUUGCCCAGCUAAUUGCGCAGGCGGUUGAUACGUGCCAGGCUGAGGCCAUGGAGAAGCCCGAGGACAAAACCAUUUCGAUUCUCUCCAGGGCCCGAGAAGACGCAGGGAAGCACUGCAUAGAAAAACUCUCCUCGGGAAACUCGCCUGUGAUCAUGCAGGCGUCCGGGAGCAAGGGAAGUCUCAUAAACGUCUCGCAGAUGGUUGCAUGCGUGGGACAGCAAGUGGUUGGAGGGCAGCGGAUUUCCCUGGACUUUGGGGACCGAACUCUUCCGCACUUUGCAGGGAACACCCACGCAGCGCGAGGGUUUGUGCAGUCCUCAUUUUGCUCCGGGCUGUCGCCAACCGAGUUCUUCUUCCACGCAGUGAGUGGGCGAGAGGGGCUUGUGGACACUGCAGUCAAAACGGCAGAGACGGGGUAUAUGCAAAGGCGGCUCAUGAAGGUUCUGGAGGGCGUAUACGUUGCAUACGAUGGAACAGUUAGAAGGGGCCAGCAGAUCAUGCAGAUGCAGUUUGGAGACGACGGCCUGGAUCCAGUUCUCCUGCAAAAGGGAACUUUAGUAACGGACAUGCCGUCUGCUUACAACUGGGCUCUGGACGCGAAGGAGUCUGCAGAUGGAAGCACGCUUUCUGAAAGCCACUCUGCCCGCAUGCACCCGUCGGCUGUGCUCAUACAAAAAGCAGUUGCUUCUGUGUGGGGCUCUAUAUACGACCCAAGCACUGGGCAAAUAGCGGACUCUGUCUGGGGCGCAGUUAAUAGGGAGGUGGGAUACGUCCUUUUCAGGCACGAAAACAGCCACAUGACGCGCCUGAUAAAUUCGUACAUGUGCGAAAAGGGCGCAGAUGUUGCAACAAAGCAGCUCUUCACGAGCAAAAUGCUUUUCCAGGCGCUGAAGUCGCAAAUAGAGUACGGAACAGCUGUGGGCGCACUGGCAGCGCAGAGCAUAGGAGAGCCUGGCACGCAAAUGACGCUGAAGACCUUCCACUUGGCAGGUACCUCCGGAGCCAGCAUUACCCUCGGGGUUCCCAGGUUGAAAGAGAUCAUAAAUGCAAGCACGGCAAUCAGUACUCCGCUUAUAAAGGUGGUUCCUUUGCCCGGGCACUCCGCACUGCUCCCGGAGAGAAUACAGCCAGUCACCGUUGGAGACAUUGCAGGCUCUGUUUCCACGAACAAAGUCUCCGCUGUGUUCCGGAUCCCGGAGGCGCAGGUGGAGAAGCACCGGCUGGAGAGGGAAAUGAAGUUGCUGGGCAGCGCAAAAAGAGACAACUUCUACUGCUGGGAGACUCCCUUGGAGAAGCCUCUGCCCUCGGAAAUCGACAAACUCCUUAAAACCAGGCUGAGGGGAAUUUCCACCGUCUCUCGCGUGAUAACUACAGAGAGCGAAAUCAUCGCUGAGGGCACGGGGCUGCAGGAAAUACUGGGCGUGGAGGGCAUAAACCCGUACGAAACCAGCACAAACAACAUAUACGAAACGUACAAGACCCUGGGGAUAGAGGCUGCCAGAGAGUCGAUUGUAAAGGAAAUCCAGUACACGAUUGGAAGACACGGAAUAUCAGUGGACGUGCGCCAUAUAGGCCUGCUCGCAGACGUGAUGUGCUUUACAGGGGAAAUAUGCGGAAUGACAAGGUUUGGCCUGCAGAAAAUGGGGGGCUCAAGCGUCCUCACCCUGGCCAGUUUUGAGCAAACGGGAGAGCACCUUUUCACGGCGGGAUACUCCGGGUACGAGGACAAAAUUGACGGCGUAAGCGAGUGCAUCAUUAGCGGGCAGAGAAUUCCAAUUGGAACGGGGGCGUUCAAAAUUCUGUUUGACUGCAGCCAGCCGAAAGAUGCAGACCCGAAAAAAUAA